CAUUAACCAUCUUUCAAAUUCACAUGAACCAGUAAACUAAUCCUUGAGCUAUAUAGCUAGCAAGAAAGAAAAAAGAUGGCAGCCGUUGGUCCGACCGGUAGCCGUGGGUGGAGAGACAUGAAGGUUUUUAUUUCUACAGUGAUUCUUGGAAGGUGGUUCAUGGUCUUCGCCUCACUCUUGAUUAUGUCAGUUUCCGGCGCAACUUAUAUGUUCGGUUUAUACUCCAAUGACAUAAAAAUAUCAUUAGGGUACGAUCAAACUACUCUGAAUCUGCUCAGUUUUUCCAAAGAUUUGGGUGGCAACGUUGGAAUUUUAUCAGGUUUAAUCAAUGAAGUAACGCCACCUUGGGUUGUUCUUUCAAUCGGAGCAGUCAUGAAUUUCUUCGGUUAUUUCAUGAUUUGGCUUGCUGUAACCGGAAAAAUUGCUAAACCUAAAGUUUGGCAAAUGUGUGUUUUUAUCUGUAUAGGUUCAAAUUCUCAGACGUUUGCUAAUACCGGAGCUCUGGUCACUCUUGUCAAGAACUUCCCGGAGAGUAGAGGCAGCGUUUUAGGUUUACUGAAAGGCUUUGUCGGAUUGAGCGGCGCAAUUUUUACUCAGCUUUAUCAUGCAGUUUACGGUGACAAUUCUAAGGCUUUAAUCUUGCUUAUUGCUUGGUUACCUGCCGUAAUUUCUUGCGUAUUUCUUCGUACGAUUCGAAUAAUCAAGACUGUUCGUCGACAGGCCAACGAGAUCGGAGUUUUCUAUAAAUUGCUCUAUAUUUCACUUGGUCUCGCCGGUUUUCUUAUGAUUCUGAUCAUUUUACAACACAAAUUCCGUUUCUCAAAAACUGAGUAUAUCAUUAGCUCUUCUCUCGUUCUUGCCCUUCUUUUCCUUCCGGUAGCAAUCGUAGUAAAAGAAGAAUAUAGUCUUCGGAAUAACAAAAAUGAUGACUCAUCUCCGGUAAAGAGAGUGACGGAAAAUCUAGAAUUGACGGAAUCCACAACCCAGUUGGAGCAAUCAACGACGGCUCAUUCUUCUUGUGUUGAAAACAUUUUCAAACCGCCGGUCAGAGGCGAAGACUACACAAUUUUACAGGCGCUAUUCAGUGUAGACAUGCUGAUACUAUUCUCGGCAACAAUAUUCGGAGCCGGAGGAACAUUAACAGCAAUAGAUAACCUCGCCCAGAUCGGAAAUUCACUGGGAUAUCCAAAACGGAGCAUAACCACCUUUGUAUCACUCGUUAGUAUAUGGAAUUAUCUCGGUCGAGUAACCGCCGGUUUCCUCUCCGAAAUCUUACUGACAAAAUACAAAAUUCCCCGGCCGCUUUUAUUCACUUUUGUGCUGCUUUUUUCUUGCGUCGGACAUCUUCUGAUCGCAUUCGGCGUUCCGAAUUCUCUCUACGUUACAUCGGUGAUCAUCGGAUUCUGCUACGGAGCACAAUGGCCGUUGCUGUUUGCGGUCAUAUCAGAAAUAUUUGGUUUAAAAUACUACUCAACGUUGUUGAACUUUGGCUCUGUUGCUAGCCCAAUCGGUAAUUAUAUUCUUAACGUAAGAAUCGCCGGAAAUUUGUACGAUCAAGAGGCGAUGAAGCAGAUGAAAAAGUUAGGGUUAAAAAGAGAAGAAGGUAAAGAUUUGACAUGCAACGGCGUUCAGUGUUAUAAAAUGGCGUUUCUUAUAAUCACUGCUGCAACUUUUUUUGGAUCUUUAAUUUCCAUUAUUUUGGUGUUGAGGACUAGAAAAUUUUACAGAAGUGACAUUUAUAAGAAAUUCAGAGAGGAAGCAGAAGAUGAUAAAGCUGUGAAGAACUCUGUUUCUUCAAAUGUAGAGUAGAGGAUUAUGAAACUUUUAGCAUAUAUUGUAUGAUGCUUUGUAUAUUUGAGUUGAACAUUCAAGUUUUUAUAUAAAUUGAUUUA